AUGGCCACUCAGGUAAUGGGGCAGGCUUCUGGAGGAAAAGGGCUGUCCACUGGCAGCAGCAGCAUUGUCAUGGAGUUGCUUAAAAACGUGUAUAAUGUACACGACCUCUCCAAAGCUGAGAUGGCUACACCUCAGCUUAUCAUGCUGGCAAAUGUGGCUUUAACUGGGGAAGUAAAUGGCAGCUGCUGCGAUUACCUGAUUGGUGAAGAAAAACAGAUGACAGAACUGACGACUAUUGGGGACAACAACUUUUCAGACAGUGAUAAAGAAGGAAUUGAAGAGUCUCCUCAAAUAAAGGGUGAACCCAAUGGACUGAUAAACACGAAACUGAGGAAUUUAGAACUCAGUGUUGUACAAUCUCAGCCUGUAUUUGAGGCAUUACCUGCCCCAGAAGUUUACAGCUCAAAUAAACAUCUUCCUUCAGAAAUAAAAGUAGCAAAGGACAAAUGGGAGAAGGCCUAUGGGGGUGAACUUUGUCCUUAUUCAAGUUCUCGGAAGACUCAUGUAGCUAGACAUAUGCAUACUCAUUCAGAUGAGAAUCUAUUUAGAUGUGCAGUUAUGUGGCCUCUAAUCCAAGUGAAGUUCAGUGAGGAUUGA